UAUUGAAUACUCGCUCUCCAUCAUCAACGACUUGUGUAGACGUCUUGUCCAAGAGAUAGACACCCGAGUCUUGUUUCUUAGCUCACUGAGAAGGCACUGUGCUGUACUGUGCUGUGCUGUACUGCACCGUACUGGACUGCGGCUGUAGCGGGGUACAGACAGGCAGACCACCCAUCCACCCUCCCACCACCUCCCACCUCCCAGUUCCAUCCUUCCACGCUCCCCCGUCCUCCGAUUCCGGUCAUGAGUGCUAAGGUGCCGCGCAACUUUCGAUUGCUCGAAGAGCUGGAGAAGGGCGAAAAGGGUCUCGGUGCUGAGGCGUGCUCGUAUGGUCUUGACAAUGGCGACGAUCUGUUGAUGUCAGACUGGAACGGAACCAUUCUUGGCCCUCCCCACAGUGUUCACGAGAACCGAAUCUACAGUGUCAAGAUACACUGCGGCCCCGAUUAUCCUGACAGCCCCCCGGAGAUUUCUUUCACGUCCAAGAUCAAUCUGCCCUGCGUCGACCAACGCAAUGGAAAGGUUGACCCGACCAAGUUACCCUGCCUCGUUCAGUGGAAACGGGAGUUUACCAUGGAGACAAUCUUGAUAGAACUGAGAAGGUUCAUGGCCCUCCCCCAGCACAAGAAGCUUCCACAACCCCCCGAGGGUUCCACGUAUUAG